AAAUUAAUAUAAAUUCGCCAUCUAUACUGUGUGCUGAUGUAGAAGAAGAGAUACUUGUUAUUACCAAAAUGUAUUUUCAAGUACCAUUUUGUCAUUUAAUUGAAUUUAAUUAUAAUACAAAUUAAUACUAAAAUAAAUAACUUGAUAUUUAUAUGCUUAUAAGAAAUAAGUCAAGUGAUUUAUAAAUAUAUAUAAUAAUAAAAUGACUGGAAGUUAUUUUUGCUUACGCUAUGUACUUUUGAGUUGUUUUAUUUUUCUCGGGAUUUUAGGUUUAAUAAUAUGUGCAAUAAGCAGUCUGUUUGUUUACCAACUCCACGAGUAUAAUUAUUUAACUUUUAACAAUGAUACUUUGAUAAUUCAUUAUAUUAAAGGAUCAUCAUCACCUCCAAUCAUACUUGUAAUUACAGGAUUAAUAACAUUUGCAUUUGUAACAUACUUUUGGUACAUUAUUGACUACAAAUACAAUCGGCGGCAAAUAAUGACGUUUUUGCUGACAUUUACUUUGAUAUCAAUAAUUGAAAUUUCAAUUGGCAUAUGGGUGUUGAUAAUUCACGAAAAAUUAGGCGCUUUACUGGUAACAAGCUUGAAAAAAACAUUGUCAAUACCGAAAUUGAAACAACAGACAUUUCUGUCAUCAUUAAAAGGAAUAAAGAAUAUCAAGUUAAUUUGCUGUGGAUACAAUGAAACGUCAACACCUGAAUUUGAAGAAUUGACAUCUUGGUUUUGUUGCAAUUUCCAAAGACUCAACAGUGAAUCAAAAACAGUAUGCGAGGAUGUUUAUGGAAAAGAAUGCCAACAUUUAGCUAUACACUCUAUUCGUUCGAUACUUUUACAUAUUUUCUUAUUAACACUUUGUUCAAUAAUUAUCGAGACUCUGCUUAUUGUUAGCAUAUUCUGUUGUAUUAAAGUAAUGAAGAAAAAAAUACCAAGGCGAAUAGAAUUAGCCCUACAAAAACCAUCGGCCCCGCUUAAUAAUUUUCGUACGAAUUAAUUGUUGUAGCAGUUAACAGUUUUAAUUACUACCAAGAAGUGAUAAAAUUUUUAUUAUUGACAUUUGAGUCAUCAUUUAGGUAUAGGUAUAAUAUUAUCUAAUUAGUGUGUGACACCAUUUCUAACGAUUUAUAAAAUUAACUUAUCGAAAAUUUGACAAAUUACUCACGACCAAGAUUAUUAAUAUAAAACGAUAGUAAGCAACAGGUAUACACACAUAUCUAUAGCUAUAUAUUUAUAUAUAAAAAAAUUGAAUUCUUGAAAUUAUAUAUACUUGGGUGGGGCAUUUUGGAUAAUACUGUAUUCAUAUAUAGAAUAUCAUUGAUAUCUUUGUAAAUUUUUUUCAUCGCUAAAAUAUGUUAUAUACCACAAUUCAUAUAGUAUACUAUAGCAUAUAGAUAGAAAUAUACUCAUACAAUGGUAUACGUGGGUACCGAAUGGUAAAAGUGGGUACAAAACUCAAGACCAGUAUAGUAGAGAAGAGUGGUAAAUAAAAAGUCGUUGUAAUUGGAGAUUGUGACGUUAUUGUGCUGUGACACACCACCAGCAGUUGAAUAACUCGUACACAAGAUUAAUUAAUUUAAAACCUACAUAACAUAUAUAAAUAAAUUGUAUUAUCCAAAAUAAUAAUAAUAAUAAUAAUUAUUAAUUAAUUAGAUUUUUAGUAUAGUGGGAGUUAUUGUUUGUUUUAAAUAGUGAGUGAAUAAAAUAUUCAAAUAUUUGUUUACACAAUGAA